AUGGCUCACGUCAGCUCUCGCAAGCGCUCCAAGAGCCGAAGCCGGUCCCGGGGCCGAGGGUCGGAAAAGAGAAGGAAGAAGAGCAGUAAGGACGCUCCGAGGAGCUGCUUGGCUUCUAGAUCCCAGGACCACAAGGCCAGCAACACCACCUGUGGGGCGGAGGAGAGAAGCAAGCCCAAGGCCCGGAGGAGACCACGAAGCAGCUCCUCCUCCUCUUCUUCCAGUUCUUCUAGCUCUUCUUCCUCCUCGUCCUCCUCCUCUUCCUCCAGUGACAGCCGGAAGAAGCGGGGGAAGCACAGGGACAAGAAGAGGAAGAAGAAGAAGAAGAGGAAAAGGAAGAAGAAGCUGAAGAAGAAAGGCAAGGAGAAGGCAAAGCUGCAGCAGGGUGAGGCUCUGCCGGGACCCUCACUGGACCAGUGGCACAGAUCAGCUGAGGAUGAAGAGGAUGGCCCAGUCCUGACGGAUGAACAGAAGUCCCGCAUCCAGGCCAUGAAGCCCAUGACCAAGGAGGAGUGGGAUGCUCGGCAGAGCAUCAUCCGCAAGGUGGUGGACCCAGAGACAGGACGCACCAGGCUCAUUAAGGGAGAUGGCGAGGUCUUAGAGGAAAUCGUGACUAAGGAACGACACAGAGAGAUCAACAAGAUGACAUCUGUUCACAGUGCUGGUGCUGGGGCCAGGCGGCCAGAGUGGGAGUCCUGGCCCAGAUUCCUAGCUACGUGCUCUGUAAAGCACAGAGGCUUUCAGCAUCCACCUCACUGGGUUGCUGUGAGGACGAACGGGGUUCGUGUCUAGGAAGGGGCUGGAAGGAGGCCCAGGGCAGGGUAAGGCUUGUGUAAUUGUAUCGCUAUUACGGCGAGUGUAGUGGGCGUUGUUUACUGGGAAGCACGCCCUCUCGCUGCCACAGCUUUAGCUCCAGGACAGGUGGGGCCCCCGUCCUAGGCCCCCAUCCCCAGCCGGUGUUCUGUGGUUGCUGGUGCAGUAAAGAGACCCAGAGGGAAGCCUUCCUGCUUCUUUAAUUGGUGUAACAGACAAUGACACUGUAUACAGAGCACACUCAGGCCCGAAGGUGCAGGGGUAGCAAGGGCGGAUGGGGCGAGUCAGGACACUGCUCACACAUGGCCCAGACAGAGACAGGAGGGGCCGAGGCUCGAAGACUGCAACGGGGCGGGUGGGCGGGCAGCUCAGACCGAGCUGGGAAAGUUGGGGGUGGGGUCUCUGCUGAAUCCCUCUUUAGAAAUCAAAGAGAAGGCAGGUGGUUGGAUCUGGGGUGGUGGGCUGAGGCUCAGUCCUGGGGUCGGGGUUGGGAGUGGGACUAAGGCUUCUACUCUAACAGGCCUGGGGUGGGGGUGGCAGUCAGCAAGGCCUGCCUCACCCUUUGGUUACGACUGGUCGGGCCUGAGCCCUGCAGCUCAGCACCCAACACUGUAAACAUUUUUGGUAUUUUUAAAGGACUCUGCCCUCCCUCUUAGUUUCUGAAAAACUGGUGCUUCUUUAAGAAGAGAAUGUGCCAAAAGGAAUCUUUAGGGAGGCAGGAAGCAGACCUGGAUAUAGAAGAGAGACGUCAACGGGGAGGGUGGGCUGCCCAUCUCACCAUCUAUGGCUAAGGGCCGCUGGGAGAGGCCCAGGGGACUAUUGCUGUUGUCCUUGGCAUGGCUGGCAGCUGGGCAGGCGGGCGGGGAGUGGGGAGCUUGGGAGAGCUGCCCGCUGGGAGCGGCCGGACCCACUGCCCACACGGCCUCCCCGGGCCAGCAGGCCGCCCAGCCUUUAUUGCAGGCGGGCCUGAGACUCUUCCAGGUGCUUCUCCGGAUGGCUGGUCACCGAGGCGGUAGGCAAGAUGGGGUGAGGUGGGACGAACAGAGGAGGAGGCACUGGCCACAGGGGCCCCCCGCCGGGCUGUGAUUGUCAGGCCAAGCAGUUUCCCCCCCGCGGGGAACAGAGGGGGGUCAGGUAUUGCACUUCCACUGCAACACUUACAUUAAAACUUGGUCCAUAAAAUAAUCAUUGCUUUAUACAUAACGCCUGAAACAAAACCAAAAAGCUACAUCUUAAAUAUGAACAAACCCUGAAGGUCCUCUCCCUCCAGAAAUUUUUCUCUGCACAAAAUAAAUAGCUCUCACUCUGUAUAGACCCACUUUCGUGGAACAUUUACAUGACCCUUUGGCUGUACAUAUCUACACACGGGAGAAUGUUAACA